GAGUAAGUCGCCCAAGUGAUCGGUUGAUUCCCGACCAUGCUCUGCAGUGUCAACGCGGUAGUUCUGCUACUGCUAGGUACCGCCGUCCAGGCCGUCCAUUAUGGCUGUGAGCCGUCCACCAAGUCGUCGGUCGAUCGAGCGUGUGUGCUGAAGGAUGUUCAGCUUCUGACGGAGGAAUCCAUCCGGAAUGCUUCGUUUGACGCGGACCAACCGGUGCUCAGCCUGGAGGGUGGCCAGAUCCCGCACUUUUCGCUGGAACUGUCCCGCAAACUGCCCGCCGUGCAAGAGCUCACCCUCAGUGCGGUGGCCGUCCGGAACGUUACGAUCUGGAGCGGCCUGCGACAUGUCAGCGUCAACGGUAGCGGUCUCGAGGAGGUGAACUUUGAACCGGGCGGUACUGACCACCAGCUCAGUUCCCUGACGCUCACCCACAACCGACUGCGGGCCGUGCCCCGGUUCGACGGGAAGUUCCAGCGCCUGCGGGUUCUCUCGCUGGACGGGAAUCUGCUCGAGCGGGUCCAGCUGUCCGACUUUGCCAACCUGACCGAAUUGCACAGCCUUUCGCUGGCCUCGAACCGGGUGUUCAGUGUGGAACUGGGCGACGUGCCGGUCAACGGGGCGCUCCUGCUCAAGCUGCGGCACCUGUCGCUGGCGGGGAACAAACUGGUGACGCUCAAGUUUACCGGUUGGCACCUGGAUUCGCUCACCGCGCUCGAUCUAUCCGGCAACAACCUGUACCUGGUGGAGGGCGAGUUACGGGACUUCGGAGAGGCGCUGGAACGCAUUGCGUACGCCGGGAAUGAGUGGAGCUGUGAUUGGCUCAGCAAGGCCCAGCUCUACUUUGAGGAUCGGCGUGUCAGUGUCACCGAUCGGGACGAGGCCACCCGCUGUGAGCGGCUUUCGAUGCGGAACCUUCAGAACGUCUGCUGCAUCGAGGCGGCCGAGCACGACUUCUCGACCGACGUGUUCGGGGCGCACUGGGACGAACUGAGUGGACUGCAGCGGCGCUUCGACCUCUUGCAGUACGCGUUCAAAACGGAGACAAACACCGCGAAGGACCGGAUCUCGGACUGGCAGCAUCAGCUCAGGGAGCCACUGGAGCGAGCCACCGCCGCGCAGGCUGAGCUUGAAAGCUCACUCGCCCGACUGAAGAAAACGACCCAGGAGGAAGCGGAUCGAUUGGAACGGCUGGCGGACACCGUGAAGCGAUCGCUGGCGGACCUGCAACAGUCGGCGGAGGAUCUGUACCGGCGCCACACACGGCCCACCCCGUCGAUCGAUGCGAUCCACCAGCAGACGCUCGGGGUAAGCAUCGAGCGGGCGAGGACCCUCAUCGAACGGCUGCGCAAGGGUAUCCGGGUGUACGCCGGAAGGACCGACCAGCACGAGAGCCGGCUGCGCAGCCUGGGGGAACGGGCCAUGCAGCUCCGGACGCUGGUGGCCCAGCUGGACACCACGAACCGGGCCCUCGAGCAACGGAUCCUCCCGAUGGAGCAGGUCGUCGAGAAGGCGUACCGCCUCGUGAACGCUGACCCCGCUUCACCGCUGCAUGUUUACAGUUAGGUUCUUUCUUGCAAUAAACUCAACAAAGGGAUACACAGG